AUGAGGUUAGAGUCAAAUCAAUCUUCCUUUCCCGAUACGAGGACAAGCAUCUCAUCUUCGGCACCAAAUAGUGCUGGGCAGGUGCAAGGUCAGGUCAAAGUCAGUGUACAGUACCUCAGAGGUCAGCUGCAGAUCAUGGUGCACCAUGCACGCAACCUGUCCCUGACACGCCCUGGGCAGAACCGUCCCCAUACGUCAACUUUAUCUCCUGCCAGACCCCCACAAGAAAACCAAAGGAAGACGAAAGUUGUAAAGAAAACGUGUCACCCGACCUUCAUGGAGCCAAUCACUUACCGCAUGUCCCAAGACAUCAUAAAACAGAGGGUGCUAGAAAUUAGUGUUUGGAGUGAGGACAAGUUCAGCGAGAAUGUCUACCUCGGGAGUUGCUAUCUCCGUCUUGCUGCCCUCGAUCUAAAGGAGGAGCAGUGUGAGUGGCUUAGCCUGGAGCAUCAACGCAACACAGCACUUGGACACACUAUCCAGCACAGAGCUUAGUCCUUGAAUAAUUAUGACAAACUGGCCCCCAAAUGCUGAGCAUUAUAUUGACAGACUUUGAUGAAAAGUAGCUUUACAGCCCGGUGUGGUUUACAUUUAUUGUGAUGUGUGAUGAUGUAACAGAAGGCAUUUAUGACAUUGCUUGAAUUUUUUCCUUCCUUUUUUUGUGUGGCUGAAAGGAACUUUGAAGCAAUUUGGAAACACAUCACAAAUGCAUGAAUUUAUUGUAGGACUUCCAGGUAUGGGAAGGUCAGUGCUUUGAUCAUUUGAUAUUGAUUAUAAUAAUGUAAGUAUUAUCUUUCUUCUUCAUACUGUUUGUUAGCAAGUGUGCAUUACAUCUCAGAAAUAACUUUUAAAGGUAAACACACGAUGAAUGAAUAUGGUGAGAUUUCAUGAUAAUGGGAAUUAAUCGGCUAGUGAUUUUAUAUCCUAAUAUAUACAACAAUGACUAUGCGAAAGAGAAAGGUACCAGGCGGUGUCUAAUAUUGGUGUUUGUCUUUGAUUACUUUGUAAUAUAACAACUUUACUACAUGCAUAACCAUGUUCAUAUUCACAAGGAAUUCACAAUAUUUAAACUUUUCUUGCAAUUCCACAUCAGGCAAAGAUAAAGGAAUGACAAAGUUUUUAGACCUAGUAAUUUAUAGUGUAUAAAAUAAUAAAUAUAUAUAUUUUU